AUGAAGGCUGCGAGGUGGAGGGGCUGCGAGCUCUGCGGCGGUGCGGCCGCCGUGCACUGCGAGGCGGACGCGGCGUUCCUCUGCUGGGCAUGCGACGCCCGCGUGCACGGCGCUAACUUCCUCGUCGCGCGCCACCUCCGGCGCGUCGCCUGCGCCGGGUGCGGCGCCCUCGACGAGGACCGCCUCCUCGCCGGCGCUGGGUCUCCUCCGGUCCGCUCCCUGUGCAGCGCCUGUGGCCCCGCUGGGUCCGGAUUCUCUGACGACUCGGAAUCGGUCUCCUGCAUCUCCACCGCGGAGUCGAUCGCGGCCGCGUCGGCCGGGCGGCGGGGGCAGGCGAGUGCGGAGGGGGUUCUGGCGAGAAGGGGCGGGCGUGCCGGUCUGGGGAGGCGGCGCGUCGCGGAAGCGGUGCCCGCUGCUGUGGGGCGUCUGAGAAGGGCGUGCCGGGGAACGGCGGAGACGCGCUCGAGGGUGAGCUUGGAGGCGGCGCCGUGGCUCGCCGCGAGGAGGCGCGGGUGGAGAGGGGGCGGCACGCGGGAGGAGGCGAUGCUGAGGAGCUCCAGGGCGGCUUCGGGCGUGCCUGUGGAGCUCAUCGUUCGAGCCUCGACUCGGCUCGCAGGUGCUGCGAUGCGCGCCAGAGCCAUGGCCAUGGAAGAAGGUUGGGCUGAGUGCUAUUAA